AUGCAACGGUUAGUUAGUGCACUCUCCCGGUGUAUUCAAGGGCGAGCAGUGACAACACUUGUGCCGACAGCAACGGAGGGAGUCGACACUUUGGAAGCCAGCUUGCGCUCGUUGUCAAAAUCCAGCGGCCUCAUCGACAUUAAACAGUUGGGAAAGUUGAUGAGAAAACUCAUUCAGUGCUCUGACUCUCGCAAGGCACGACUUUGCAAAGAAGCCUGUCGAAUGGCCCACGCUGCGGGGUUGCAUGCGGAGUGUGCGGAAAUGUUUUUUAGCUGCCGCAAGAUGGGCCCUGUCACUCUAAAUGACCUUGUUAUUAAUGCUGCCGCAUGCACGUUGGAUCCGGAGUACUUACAAAAGUGCCUAUCUAAUAGUGACGGUACAUCUCUCACUCGGGGCCUGGCAUCCCAUGAAGCAGUCAUCGUUCUUCGUAUAUUCUGGCAGAGUACAAGGUGUUUCGUGUGCAUCGAACGUAGCCGUAAGGAAUGGAGUGAGGACAGGGGGGAACGAGGUGCGGCAAAGCAGCGCGAGACAGUUCUCGGGCGCUACCGUGCGGUUUCGGAGGAAGCAUUUCGCCUCCUUAAGCUCCCAGAUGACGUUCUGUUUAGCGAUUGGUGGGCAAGGGUCAAACGGCUCGUGUUGUACCACCAGAAAGACAAGGGGGAAGCUGCGGUUUACGAGCAGUUCUUUUCCUGUUGGGAGAAUUACCAUGGCGAGGAAUUUCUGAAGUGGGUAGAGCCACCCUGCCUAGUGGCGAUGCUGCGCUCGUGUGUGAAGGGUGAACGCUGGGACUUGGCGGGCCGCUAUGUGAAUGUUUCCCGUGACUGCCUACUUUCCAGAGCGAACCAUCCUGAUGACACCCUUUUGCAGCAUUGUCUAACGUACUUCAGUUCAUCGUCGUUUAGUAAGGCGGGGGUUGUAUGGUUUGGGCGCAUCCGCGAAGCGUUGGUGGGGUAUAUUCCCUCGGCGAUGGUAAUACACAGUGCAGCAAGACUUGCUGGUGACGCGGGGGAUGGGGAACUUGCCGUGUGGUGCCUGCAAGCGCUUCUUAGUGAACGCCAGCCCUCUUCGCCAUCACCACAUAGUAUCUUCCCGUGUCUUGUGGCCCUGGCAAAGUGUCGAGUGAAGGACUUCAAAAAGGUGCUCCGCACGCUAGAGGAGUCUGGUCACGUGAAACAGACAGGAGAGGAGUAUUUGUAUCUUGAUUUGUUGUAUAGCCGGCACAAUUUGUUCCUUGGGGAAGAACUUGUCCAACGUGUGGAAAAACAUCUUACCCAUGUCGACGGAUGUCUAAGCCGCGCCGGUUUCUCCGUAAGAAAUGCGACAUUGUUCCUUCGUAUCGUGCAGGAAAUGGAGCACGUCAGCUUCUUUAAAUAUUACAUGGUGUUGAAAAGGGAACUUCAAGCCGACGCGUCCGACUACGCGAGAGCUCAGUGGUUAUCUAUUGCGCUUAAAUGGGUUCUGACGCAACCCACACUGAAAAACAGCGACUACGAAACUCUCAUGAUGGAGGCGCGCGCACUCCUCAACGAUGGCAAAACAACUGGUGCAGGUCCGCCACUAGUCGGAUACUCGCUAAACUCGAAGAUUACCUCCCGUCUUGCUGCCAUCCAUCAGUUGCAGGGGAAGGAAGCACCCCGUGGGCUCGUGGAUGAGGCUACUGUGGUUGCGCCAAUCAUGCGCUUCACACGGCAGCGCCACCGCCUUCCCCGGUCCCAACCGCCAUGGAUAGAGGCAGUCAAACCCCCGAGGCAAAGGGAACUUUGGCAGGUGAGGCGCACCCUCGAGGCCCUCGCACAACGGGAAUGGAGGGAACGUGUUCAGCGCUAG